AUGCGCACUUCACUCACUUUGGUCCUUUCGGCCGUUAUGGCAACCGGCGUGUUCGGCGCCGAGGCUCCAAUCCCCGGAUAUGGCGUAGACGUCAUUCAAUGGAAUGUCGAAGUUGCUCCCGGACAGACCGAGGUCCUCAAUGGCACAGUCCAGGAGGUUUAUGCUCAUGCCCUCCAAAUCAACCCCAAGUUCACCCUUGCCAAGUCCCCCGACGCAAGGGACAUCCAUCAGAAGCGUAACGUGCAUUGUGGCAACUGGCCGCUUGCUGACAAAGGACGCAUCCAGGAGGGUAUUCACUACCUCCGUGGCGUGCCGGGUGCUCCUCGCAAUGGCCCGGGUCCUGGAAACUGUGGUCGAGUUAGCUGCUCCCACAAUUCUGCCAUUUGGUGGUGCAACGAUAACACGACUCCCAAGACGUUGGACAAUUGGCACUGGAUUGCCAAUAGUGCUCAGCACAUCAUCAACACCUGCGGGCCAAGCGUCGGCUCGGUUUCAGGACAGAACUUUGAAGAUGGUAAUUGGAACACAAUUGUUCGCGGCGACUCUUGCUAA